AUGGACGUGGACAUGGACAUGGACGUGGACGUGGACGUGGACGUGGACGUGGACAUGGACGUGGACAUGGACGUGGACAUGGACGUGGACAUGGACAUGGACGUGGACAUGGACGUGGACAUGGACGUGGACAUCGACGUGGACAUGGACGUGGACGUGGACGUGGGCGUGGACGUGGACGUGAAGAUGGACGUGGACGUGGACGUGGAGGACUUGGACGUGGAGGUUGACGUUGACGUGGACGUGGACGUGGACGUGGACGUGGACAUGGACGUGGACGUGGACGUGGACAUGGAUGUGGACGUGGACGUGGACAUGGACGUGGACAUGUACGUGGACGUCGACGUGGAAGUGGACGUGGACGUGGAGAACUUGGACGUGGACAUGGACGUGGACAUGGACGUGGACGUGGACGUGGACGAAGACAUGGUCGUGGAUGUCGACGUGGACGUGGACGUGGACGUGGACAUGGACUUAGACGUGGACGUGGACGUGGACGUGGACGUGGACGUGGUCGUGGACUUCCCAUACUGA